AUGGCUGGUCUUCGUCAACAAAUCCAGCACACCAUCACCUUGUUUAAUCCAUUGACGCUCUCAGAAGCGCAUCAGCAAGCUCUUACCAUUGAAUCACAAACUAAAGGCAAUUUUUCUUGGUCUGCGUCUCGCUCUACCCGUCCUUCUCAGCAACAACCGAGCUCUAGAACCACUGAUGAUGCACCCCUGCUGCAAACUGACACUGCUGUGGUACCUUUUACGGACAAAACACAAACUCGGCCAUCCUCACUUCGUUGUUUUGCCUGCGGCGAGAUCGGUCAUCACCUGUCCAACUGUCCAAAAAGAAACUGCAGGGGUCUUCUCCUAGAUGCCACUGGCAAUGAUGUCGAGGUCAUCUAUGAUGAAGAAGUUACAGAAACUAUUGCAGAAAUAGAGGAUCUUGUUGCAGAUCAUGGACCAUGUUUAAUGGUUCGACGUGUCUAUCUGGCUCUACACCACACUGAUGAAAACCCCCAACGGCAUAAUAUGUUUCAUUCAAAGUGUAAUAUUGCAGGCAAGGUGUGCAAAUUUAUCAUCAACUCAGGGAGUAGUGAAAACGUGGUUGCAGAAGACGUUGUCAAUAAGCUCAAACUAACCACAGAACUCCAUCCGUGUCCUUAUAAACUAGCCUGGUUAGACAAGAAAACAGACUUGAUGAUCACUCGUCGCGCCCUAGUAUCUUUUUCGAUUGGUGGAAAAUUCAAGGAUCAAGUUCAGUGUGAUAUAGCACCAAUGGACGCUAGUCACCUGCUCUUGGGUCGUCCCCGGAUAUUUGAUCAUCGCGUACAACACGAUGGUUAUCUCAAUACUUACAGCCUCCGCUAUGACAAUCGCAGUUUCACUCUCCAACCGUAUUUACCCGAGAAACAGAGCACCCCGUCAGCCCCGGUCCUCAUCCAUCAGCGGAAACCUUUUGAACAAGAACUUCGAGCAAAAGGACGCGUUCUCAUAUUAAUUAACUCGUCGACUGCGCCAUCUUUACCAACGAUUCGAGACACCUUUAAAAGUAUCUUCGAUGCGCUUCAGGAUGUUUUCCCCAGCGAGUUACCACCCGGCCUUCCUCCUCUUCGGGACAUACAUCACCGCAUUGAUCUCGUUCCCGAUGCUGUUCUACCCAACCGAACUCAUUAA